UUGUAGCUUAUGAAGGUCUGGUUGCAUCGUUCGUAAUGGUUUCUACAAAAUAUAUAGUUCGGUCAGGUUCCCAAAAAGCCGAACAAUCCAGAAGCAAGAAAAAAACAUUCCAUUUAUUCAAAUUUCCCCAUUUGUUGUGGCCAUUUGUUCAUUCAUUUAUACUUAUUUUCGUGCUUAUAUUCAAUUAUGAUUCACUCAGGCUGUCCUGAGUAGACACCUCAGAUAUAUGGGUUGUCAGUCCAGGACUGACGGUUAAUGGUUAGUUGUUAGUGACCAUUUGUGCCACAUCCCAAAAUAAAAAAUCUAACGGAUUGGUGCUCAAAACCAGUGGAGCCUUUUAAGAGUAAAGAAGAAAUCGAAUGGCAGCCUCCAUGAACACGAGUAUCUUUUCCGUUUCAUUUAAUACAUGAUACUCCAAAGUGUGCAUUAUGGCGAGUAAAGAGUCUGUUAAAGCCAAAGUCUCAAUGGACAUAAAACAGCCUAAGAGGGACAGACGUCUUGAAUCAAAGAAAAGAAAAGCCAUUGCCCUGCUUGGUUUAAUAAAGGAAAGGGAAAAAGAAGAAGAAGAAUUGGCAACAUUGAUGGAAAAAAAAUCACCGGAGAGUGAUUCCAGCUCUGACAAUGAUGACUCAAUCCCAGUUAAACAAAGAAAAGUAGUUAAGGAAUUCAACAGUGUAGAUAUAUCCAGCGUGGACAACAAGAAGACUUCCUCCAAGUCAUCAAACUGGCUAUCUCAUGACGAGGCACAGAGGCUCAGAAUGGAACUUCGAGAAAAACAAAAAGCUAGCAUGCAAAAACCAAAGUUAUAUUUAACCCUGGAAGAAUUGUUGAAGCAAAAUACAAACAGUGAGGAGGUGGAUGGAUCGAAUGAUGAGUUGCCUCCCCUGUUUAUGCAAGACAUUCAGCACCUGCUACUGCUUGGUAUUAUGGGUAACAUAGCAAGUGCCAAGCCAAGGUGGUGUCGUUUACUGCGCAUGGGCAAAGUUUCUUCUGUUGUUGUCAUGGUAAUAAAUGAACUGUGCGUUUCAGACCUGGAAGAGUAUGCUGAUUGUCUCCCCUUUCUCAAAGAAAACUUUUCUAUGUUUGUAGAGGUGACCUCACCUCACCAGUACCAGAGUACAGCUGAUCAGGAUGUUUUCCGUGUUCCACUCAGUCGAACGCAGCUGUCCAUAAUGUUUAACAAGAAAUAUAAACGAAAAAUAAAGAAGUCACUAGACUCGAAGAAGAAGAGCGAUACACAAGGAAACGAAACAAUUGACAGGAGAAGUCUUCUACUGAAUCCUAGUCAGUUGAUAUCAGAGGGUUACCCACUCCCCAUCAAAACAGAGCAAGAUAGAUAUAAAAAAUUUGUGUUCAGCAAAGCAGUGUACACUAAACCUCAGUCGAAUAGUCCAAUGUUUGCAAUCGACUGUGAAAUGUGUUUGACUACUGCUCGGAGGAACGAGCUGGCCCGGGUGUCUGUAGUGAAUGAGAAACUGAAGCUGGUUUAUGAGAGUUACGUCAAGCCCUACAACAAGAUCAUUAACUAUCUGACAAGGUAUAGUGGUAUGACCAAGACGAUCCUAGAUCCCAUCACAGUGAGACUGGAAGAUGUUCAGCGCGAUUUACAGAGACUGUUACCAUCAGACGCCAUCUGGUGUGGACAAUCCCUCUGUUCUGACUUGAUAGCGUUACAGAUGUUCCAUCCCUACGUGAUAGACACGAGUGUUAUUUAUAACCUGACUGGCUACCGGUGGAAGAAAACUGGUCUCAAGAGACUCACCGAGUUGUUCCUCGAUCGUAAAAUUCAGGAAAGUAAGCAAGGUCAUAGUUCUGUUGAAGACAGCCAAGCGACGAUGGAGCUGGUUCUCCUCAAACUGAAAAACGGUUUGACGUUUGGAGAUUGUGUUCUUGAGGCAUUUGAGGACAUGCAGAAACAAGUGGAUAAUACUGUAACCCUGCCAACAAAUGCUGGACAAUUGGAAGAUAAAUCGUUAAAAACAACCGGCGAGCAGAAGACGUCAGUAAAGGAGGAACCUGUAUCAUGUGAUGGACAAUUAGAAAACAAAUCACCAACCGAGUCAUCGGGGGACUCCAAGGCAGACAGUCAGACUAGCGAUUCAGAGGAUGGAGAUUUGGAGAGCAGAGAUAUGGAGAAUAAACACUUGGACAGUAGAGAGUUAGAGAACUGUAGCAAGAGAACUGUGGAAGAGAGAAGGAAUCUCUUUUUGCAAGAGAAACAUUACAGCAGUUUGUUUGAACAAGUGAAGAAAGUUAAAAAGACAGCUGUUGUUAUUGACAAUGAGGAGGUCACUUCAAGGUGGAAGUCGGAACAAAGUGAUGAUGUCACGUGUGUAGAAGUAUCUAGUGACACGGCGUGCUACAAACAGGCCAAGAAACAUGUAACAGAUUUUCCGUUUUUCUGGACUCAGUUCCACGGUUUCUCUCAGUCGGACUCGGAGGCGCCAGACACAGAAGAUCUGAGAAAGGAAAGACUGCAGAAAAUCAACAAAUAUCUGAGAAAACUGAUGAAGAAAGUGAAGGAAAGUUCUCUAGUGUGUGUUCUAUUGACGGGACGAGACGACCAACACAAACUUUGUAAUGGUGGCGCAUUUGUGAAAAUCACAUAGCAAUGUUAGCACAUACACAGCCGGGUCGACAUCUUAUAUAUUGUUACAAAUGUAUAUUAAACACCUAAAAAUAUUAUAAAUCAUGUGUUCUCCAUUUUAAAUACUACUGAGGUUUUGUUUUACUUAUAAAUUCUCUAGAAGUGGCACAUUGUAAUAAAUGCCUAAUAUGUAAAGUGCCAACAAUAAUAUAAAUCAUAUAUAAAUCUCAACACUGCUCUAGCAAUGUCUAGUGUUUGUAGUGAUUAUAACUAGCAUUCAACUGUGGUAAAGUGCCGUCGGUGUGGGAACGAUCCCUCUUGGUGGGUCCAUUGGGCUAUUUCAGCCAGUGCAUCAUGACUGUAAGUCCUAUCCGGUCUGUGGGAUGGUGCAUAUAAAAUAUCCCUUGCUGCUAAUGAAAAAAUGUAGCGGAUUUUCCUUUCUAAGACUGUCAAAAUUGCCAAAUGUUUGACAUCCAAUAGCCGAUGAUUAAUAAAACAAUGUGCUCUAGUGGUGGUAACAAAAAUCCCACAAUUUUUUAACUUAUACAUUACAGAGCAAUUUUGAUUGUGCUCAUUUCAUUGGAUGGUAUGGCUGUAGUGACUGGGUCAUCUUCAUGCAGUAACCAAUCAGAUAUCAAAUCGAUGUCACGAUAUAUUACUAUAAAAUACAAAUAUCUCCUCGGAGUUCUCUUCAACAGGUUAGAGAUUUUGGAAGUGAUCUUAGCACUACAUUAUCGUAAAACCUUUUAUAAGCUGUGAUGCCAUGACAAUGCAUGCAAUAGCCUGCAACAGUUUUGUCAUAGUAGCGCUAAGAUAGCAUCAAAAAUCAAGGCUCUGGCUUUGUAUUCAUAAACGUACUUAAGUCAAUGUAUGAUACUUAUUUAUGUACUUUAAGUAUGUAUUUAGGUAUCAUACAUUGACUUAAGUACGUUUAUGAAUACGGAGCCAGGAGUAUAAGAAAAGAUUUUGGGCCUAAAAAAAAUCUUAUGUUUCCAGGAACCCAAUCUUACCAAGAAAAUAGGGCUAGCCCUAAUUUUUUAUAUUGUUUUUAACGUAUUAUUGAAUUUUUUAAUUUUUUAUUAGUAUCUAUGUAAAAAAGAACAUACAUACCGUAACAUUUUAUCUGGACCCAACAGUGGAAGCUGACCAACACUCUUCCUUUUGUUUUCAGCAUGUUCCUACAAACAUUUGUAUUAUGCUUUACUUUACAUCGACUUUAAGGAUAAUAAAGAUAAUAAAGACAAUAGAAAAAGACUUGUUGACAAAAAACAUUUAUUUCAAUAAAUAUCUGACACAAGUGUACACCUUCCAAUCAUUAUGAAACAUACAUUCAACAUUUAUAAAUCGAUACUAUAAAUUUACACAUCAAGAACCCAUACUACUAGGAAGAAUGAAACGUAAUGUAUUCCUUUAGGAACUGGAACUGACCCACACAACUGCAUGGCUAACUAAGUACUGCAUUAGGAACUCUACAUUAAAGAAAACAAAAACAAGUCUACAAUACACAUUCAACCUAGUGUAUUAAAGUAUUAAAAGAUAUAAAAUAUUUUUGAAGAUUUGGGAAAGGAAAUCAUCUCCAAUAUAAGCAGUGUAUUGUCUACCUGAAAGAUGACUAAAACAUGAUCUUUGUUGAUGGGUAGCUGUCGAAUACAUUAUAUUAGAUGACUUGGUGCAAUAUAUUGUUAUUCAUGGUCGUUAAAUAUUCAGGGCCAAAUUUUCGAAACUUAUACAGAUGGAAAGAAACAAGAGAACACACCAAAUUUAAAUCAUUACUGGAUCAAAAAUUAAGUUUGUUUUUGUUUAACAACACCACUAGGGCACAUUGAUUUAUUAAUCAUUAGCUAUUGGAUGUCAAACAUCUGGUAAGUUUUAUAUAUAGUCUUAGAGAGAAAACCUGCUACAUUUUUCCAUUAGUAGCAAGGGAUCUUUUAUAUGCAUCAUCCCACAGACAGAAUAGCAUAGCCUAUACCAUGACUGUUGCUAUACCAGCCAAAUGGGCUAUGUUCCACCCCUACUAGAUUAGUUAGGCCUAUAUACAAUACUAAUAUGUAAUGUUGGAUUCGCUGUCAGUACUGUGGCAUUGACGGCCAGUAACAGUUAACUUCACUUAUCUUACCGCUACUAUAUACAAUACUAAUAUGUAAUGUUGGAUUCGCUGUCAGUACUGUGGCAUUGACGGCCAGUAACAGUUAACUUCACUUAUCUUACCGCUACUAUAUACAAUACUAAUAUGUAAUGUUGGAUUCACUGUCAGUACUGUGGCAUUGACGGCCAGUAACAGUUAACUUCACUUAUCUUACCGCUACUAUAUACAAUACUAAUAUGUAAUGUUGGAUUCGUUGUCAGUACUGUGGGAUUGACGGCCAGUAACAGUUAACUUCACUUAUCUUACCGCUACUAUAUCGUAAAACCAUAACCUACAGCAAUUUUAAAAUAUCGUGCUAAGAUAGUUUAAAAAAUAUGGGCCCUGAUACUAUGGAUGAUGUUUUUUGUUGCAGUCAAUUCUUGCUGUUACUAUUUAAUUGGUCUCUUAUUACUUUCCACUGUCAUAAUUGUCUCCUAGUGAUUUGUAACUUUCCUAAACCAUUUUGUAUAUUUAAUAGUUUGUGGUAAAUGCUGGUAUUUAGCCACAUGAACAUGUCAUAGUUUGUCUGCGUUUAAGACUUACAUGUAUCAUCACUGGUGCAUUUCCAGGCUCUAGCCCCCCACCCCUCCCCAAUAAUUCUGAAUAAAAAUAUUGGUAACAAAUCCUAAGGCAGAGCUGAAUUUUACUUGUAGGCUAUUUCAGGACAUCAAGUUUUCAAAAUAUUACGGGGGAGUAUACCCACAAACAACCUAGAAACUUUUCUUUGCACCCAUGAUCUCAGUCAGCACCCUAAUGUCUAUUUGCUUCCACCAUGCCUGAUUUCAUCCUUAUUCUUUCUUUGGUGGAAUAGUAAAGUCACUUCUUAAGCCCAAUGAAUCAUUAACAGAUAUGUCUUUAUAAUUCUUGCCCACAGUACAAUGAAGCAACGUUAAAGCACAGGCCACUCCAGACCGGUAUUUUUUUAACACAACCAGAAUCCACGUCUAAAACAUGAUCAUCUAUUUAGCUUUAACUGCAGAAGAAGUAAAUUCAACAGUGCAUAUUCAUCUAUACAUUACAACACUGACUAAAGCACUAUCGUUAAUAUGAGGUAAAUUACAAACCAGUGACUUAAUAUGUAAUCUCGGCCACACUGCAAAACUCAAUAAAAUAACAACUGUAACAAGAAUCAUGUUUGUAACAUAAGCUAAUUAUAACAAAUAAAUUAUCUUAAAAUUAAACAGUUCAUCACAAUAUGCAUUUUGAAAGAAACACACAAAACUAUGAAAAAACAAAAACCCAACAGAAGUAGAUACGUACAAACUUGUGCAAAACUAUUGUGAAUAAUUAGUUGUAGAGUUGCUUUGCAAAAAUAGUACUAACAACUGGUAAUGUACAAAUACUGCACACAAUUAUUACCAAUAAUUAGUAUGAUGAAAUAUAGGACAGAUGUGCAAAAAUAGUACUAACAACUGGUAAUGUACAAAUACUGCACACAAUUAUUACCAAUAAUUAGUAUGAUGAAAUAUAGGACAGAUGUGCAAAAAUAGUACUAACAACUGGUAAUGUACAAAUACUGCACACAAUUAUUACCAAUAAUUAGUAUGAUGAAAUAUAGGACAGAUGUGCAAAAAUAGUACUAACAACUGGUAAUGUACAAAUACUGCACACAAUUAUUA